UUUUUUUUUCUAAUUAGUCGAACUCAUGACAUUUACUAACCUUAGUGAUAAGCACAGAUGAUGUGGUUUUGAAUUACAAUAGCUUUCUCCGGAGUAGGGUCUUACAUAUAGAAAUACACGAAGAGUUGAUUAGCUUGUUCUCAAAGAGAUACUACCGUCAAUGUCAAAUUGGAAGUUCUCUGUCAUAAACACGACUCAUACUCGUUGUUUCAAGGAUAUACUGGACAGAAACAGCGAGAGGUCUUAAGACUUAUUAUUUCAAAAUUGAUAUCAUAUCGUAUGAAUGUGUGCUUUCAAGAUGUUUCACUUCCACUAAACUUUACGUAGUGUGAAUUCCCAGUGAUAAAAGCGCUAUAGGCACGUAUAACGCUUGGAAAUGAACUGCGGGAUGCAUGUACCGAUAUGCAUUCAUAUGCCGUUGAUAUAGAGGAUGUAGGUUGAGCCGACAGCAGGUUCGGAAGCCAGGCGUUCGUUAAUAUGCUUUAUGUAACUACGACGGACGGUCCAUCAAAGAAGUGAGAAACGGGAGUCCCUAUCAUCGAGAUAAUUCGGUAGCGUGUACGAUUCUGGAUUAGGACCGAUAGGAACAGGGAAAGUCAAUUUAAAGGAUAUAAGAUUACUUCGGACAUAGGUCAAGAGAUAGUUCGGCCAAAAUGACCAGCACCAGUGCUCAAUCCAAAAGGGAAUGGUGAUAGUUGUAAUAAGCUAGCCAUAUUGUAUCGAAUUUUUCUGUGCGGGCCACUGAUAAUUUAGAGAUUGGAGAUUCAAUUCGGACCUAUCAAUUUGACCAUUCGACUGCAUUGACCGGCAACUGGACAAUGUCCACUCGAGGAUUGUGAUUGCUCUGAUAGCGGUAUCGGCUUUUCUAUGUGUGGAAAACAAGCCAAUAACUUCAGUCGUGUCCGGAGCACUACUAGGAACGGCUCACAUUCUGGAUUGUAAACAUACGCUACGAAUCGGAUGGAUUCGAUAAAUCCGGAAAUAACGCGGCGUUAUAAGACAUUAUAUUCUUGAUUAAUUAUAAACUGCCUUGUUUCAUUACCACAAAAUUCCACGCCAAGAUGUUGUUAAUAAAUAGGAUUUUAAUAGCAACAGCGUGAAAACGAAUAUUUCAAUUUGUGCGCUUUAUUAAACAGAUGUGAUUUUACAGUAUUUCAAAUGGUGAUUUACAAUAAAAAAAUAUUUUAAAAUUUUAAAGUGUUACAAGUCACCCGCAAGGAAUAACGACAGAAUUUAUUACAAUCGACAUCACUAUGCUAUAAAUAUCGCAGUGUUUUGAAGCUGAAUGUAAUUUUACCAUUCAUCUCGGAAAUCUGGAAACAAAUUGUUAUAUCUUUGUUUUCAAAGAGUUAAUGACGUUGCCAGUUGAAGAUGAGAACUUAAUACGAAACUGUCCAAUUGCUCGUUCCCAGUAACAAUUGGUUAAUGUAAUAUUUGGGUCCGGAAGACGGUGUUCAGUUCCGAUUACUUGCAUUUACUAUUCACGCACGAUUUAACUAAUUUCACGCAUAACCGGACCCAAGAGGAAUAUUUUCACGAUAGCUAAUCGGAAUAACUUGAUUCAAUACUGGACAUUGGUCAAGAAUGUGAUGGUCAGUGAAAUUGUCCAAAUCUGAUUGGUGGAUUUCGAUAGACGGGAAAAGUAUUUCUCUGGAGAAUCAGAAUUUGGAUUGUCAGUUCUACCGUGGUAUGUGUAUGCCUUAACGUUUUAUUAUAAUAAGGUGAAAUAUACAGUUUUAAUCCAAUCAUCGUGGAAUUUUAAAACAUGUUCAUUUGAUAAUGUAAUGCCUGUCUGUGAUCUUUUUGCAUUUCUCAGUAAUACUUUAUUACCAAACAAUACUUCUUUGAAUACAAACAAACAGUACAGACAGACGAUAUAUGAUUUGAAAAGGCAUUGGCGAAGCAUGUGAAAUAUGUAAAUUCCUUUCUGCUGUUGCUAUGGAAACGAAUUCAACAAUGGAAAUAUAUUUAUGAAUAUUGGAAUUUGAGGUCGGCUACAGGUGAUUUUCAUAUCUCUGGUUGUGAGAAUAGAAAUGCUGAACAAUGAUCUCUUUCGUAUCCUACAUAUGGAUUUUGAUAACAGCCUUGGUAGCUGUUACCUGUGCUUUCAGUCUGCUUCAGCCAUUUUGGAUUAUACAUCCGGAUGGUAUCCAUUCCUUUGGAAUUUACGUGUACUGUAAAGGAAGCGAACUCGUCGGAGCGAGCAGUGACCUUACAAACCGGAUGUGUUCGUUUUAUGGUGGUCAGUUAAGUGUGGUCAGCAUUCCUUCAGGAGCGUGGCAAGCGACAUUUUUAUUAUUUUCAACCGGAUGUGCCAUUUUGCUCGCUAGUCUUAUUCUCGGAAUGGCUGCAAUGUUUAUGACAGAUCGAUGGCUUCGGAAGUUGUCCUGUACAAUGACGUACCUCCAGACAUCCGCAGUUCUAAUCUUGACGUCAGCAUUGUUGGUGUACCCCUUAGGAAUGACGUCACCGUUCUUUCGUUAUUACUGCGGACCUACAGCGGAAGUGUAUAAUGCUGGACAGUGCAGUAUGGGAUGGAGCUAUAUGCUGGCUGUAAUGGGGACAGCGCUAUCCAUCUUUUGUCCAAUUUUGUGGAAUUUACGUGAUUUUAAAUCAGAACAUGACGAUUAUCCAUUUAAUUUAUGAUAAUUGUUGUCUUAUUUUUUUUUUUCUUAAGAAUCAAUUUCAAUAUUUUCUUAUUUAUUUAUUAACAACACAAUAUUGUUGAUGCUUUAAAUGAAAUUUGGAGACUACUGUUGGUUUUAACAUUUCAUCAAAAUGUUUUACAUAAAAAUAUAGUGUAUA